CCUGAGCUUCCUCCACUCACAUCCGCUGUGGUCGCGAUCUAGUGUUGGAGAAGGGACUUUGUCAAACUGUAGCGAUGUCAGUGCAGGUUGUGGCAGCGAAAAUGGCAGAGGUCGAACUCAAAGACGUCGCCGCCGGUAAACAAUUACCGGCCGACUCCCCGACAUCCCCGAUCUCGGCGGGACUCAGCCUGGCCAGAAACUAUCCACACGAGGCCGGUUCCUCCGUCACAGCGGAGCCCUCCGCCAAAGCCGGGGAAGGCAGCCCGGGAUUGCUCGCCCCCAACGCGGCGAAGAUGCCGCAGGCGUCGGCUAUGAAGCGGCCGGACCCCCAACAGAACGGCGGGGAGGCGUUUGUCAACCGUGACGGCACCGUCGCGGAGGCGCCGCGGAUGAAAAAGAUCCAGUUCGCAGACCAGAAGCAGGAGUUCAACAAGCGGCCCUCCAAGAUCGGCCGCCGCUCUCUGUCGCGUUCCAUUUCUCAGUCCUCCACAGACAGCUACAGCUCAGCGGCGUCAUACACAGACAGCUCCGACGAUGAGACGUCUCCCCGGGACAAACAGCAGAAGAACACAAAGGGCAACAGCGACUUCUGCAUCAAAAACAUCAAGCAGGCUGACUUCGGACGGCGAGAGAUUGAAAUAGCCGAGCAAGAGAUGCCGUCCCUCAUGGCUCUGAGGAAGCGAGCCCAGGGCGAGAAACCCCUGGCUGGUGCCAAGGUGGUGGGCUGCACCCACAUCACCGCCCAGACUGCUGUGUUGAUGGAGACUCUGUCAGCUCUGGGGGCUCAGUGCAGAUGGGCCGCCUGUAACAUCUACUCCACCCAAAAUGAAGUGGCAGCUGCCCUGGCAGAAGGAGGUUUCAGUGUGUUUGCAUGGAAAGGCGAGUCCGAGGACGACUUCUGGUGGUGCAUCGAUCGCUGUGUCAACGUGGAGGGCUGGCAGCCCAACAUGAUUUUGGAUGACGGCGGAGACCUGACUCACUGGAUCUACAAAAAAUACCCCAACAUGUUCAAGAAGAUCAAGGGCAUUGUGGAGGAGAGUGUUACUGGUGUGCACAGGCUCUACCAGCUGUCCAAGGCAGGGAAGCUGUGUGUCCCGGCCAUGAAUGUCAACGACUCUGUGACCAAGCAAAAGUUUGACAACCUCUACUGCUGCAGGGAGUCCAUCCUAGACGGCCUGAAGAGGACAACUGAUGUCAUGUUUGGAGGCAAGCAAGUGGUGGUGUGUGGAUAUGGAGAGGUGGGGAAAGGCUGCUGCGCUGCCCUCAAAGCAAUGGGCUCCAUCGUCUACGUCACAGAGAUCGACCCCAUCUGUGCCUUGCAGGCUUGCAUGGACGGCUUCCGGCUGGUCAAGCUCAAUGAAGUCAUGAGACAAGUGGACAUUGUCAUCACCUGCACAGGCAACAAGAACGUGGUGGUGCGAGAAAACCUGGACCGCAUGAAAAAUGGCUGCAUUGUCUGCAACAUGGGGCACUCUAACACAGAGAUCGACGUGGCGAGUCUGCGGACGCCAGAGCUGACCUGGGAGAGAGUGCGCUCACAGGUGGACCACGUCAUCUGGCCCGAUGGCAAGAGGAUAGUGCUGUUGGCCGAGGGUCGUCUCCUGAACCUCAGCUGUUCCACCGUUCCCACGUUUGUGCUCUCAAUAACAGCUACAACCCAGGCUCUGGCUCUGAUAGAGCUGUACAACGCUCCAGAUGGACGCUACAAGCAGGAUGUUUAUCUGCUGCCCAAAAAGAUGGACGAGUAUGUGGCUAGUCUCCAUCUGCCCACCUUUGAUGCUCAUCUCACAGAGCUGAGUGACGAGCAGGCCAAGUAUCUUGGCUUGAAUAAGAACGGGCCCUUUAAGCCAAACUACUACAGGUAUUGAAGGCGCGGCAGAAGGGUUGCCAUUCCGAGGGUUGACGGCGGCACACCGCAACAGACGGGACUCUAAAAGAGGCGGAGCUUGAUUGACAGGGGAGUCAACACACAUUCGUUGUAAUUCUUACUGGGAGGAGUUUAAUUUAUUCCCACAUGACAAAGAUGAGUAAUCAUAAUUGACAAACCGAGGAGGAGCUGCUGCUGCUGCUGCGGCUAUUUGCCAGCAGCUUGCUCGCUCCGGUCAAGUCUUCCUCUGGAGGACAUUUAAUUUCCCUUCUUUUGCUCUCACAUCCACUCCUCCCGUUGCUACCGUUUUAUUUUUCCAACUCCAGUUAGAAAUAAGGAAAAAA